UAUAGGUAUAAAUAUAAAUAUACAUAUAGAGUCAUGCGGUUAUUUUAAAGAAAUUUUAGUAACUAAAAUUCACCAACGCUUCUUAGGCUUGCUCAGGCUUCUCAGUUCUCAGUUCUCACUUUCUCGCUUUCUCACUUUCUCAGUACCACUCGGCACUCAGUACUCAACUAUCACAUAUAAAUAUCGUGGCAUGGUUUAUAAGUUUAUAACAGUCGAUAUUUGAUAACAGUUUAUACUUUAUAAACUUUAUUCUUGAAUCAUUCGUCUUUCAUAUAGUACUAAGAUUCAAGACGGAUUUAGAUUAUAUUUAUACUUUCAAUGAUCAUUUACUAAAAUAAUAAAUAAUUAAAUUAAUCUAGUAAUUUUGAAAUUUAACAUCAAAACAAAGGAGCUCGACAACAAAACAUCACGAGAAGAAAGUCGUGUUGAAACUUUUGAACACCAAUUUAAUAAAAAAAUAUUUACAGCAAUCAAGCAGAUAAAAAAAUGGCUGGUAACAGUGGGAUGGAGAGUUUGAUUUCGAUUGUAAAUCGUCUUCAAGAUGUAACUACUCGAUCAAGAGUUACAUCAAAAUUGGAUUUGCCACAAAUAGCAGUUGUCGGAGGCCAAAGUGCAGGCAAAAGCUCUGUACUCGAAAAUUUUGUUGGAAGGGACUUUCUUCCACGAGGUUCUGGUAUCGUCACAAGACGACCACUUGUAUUGCAAUUGAUUAACAUCGAAAAUCAAGAUCAAGAGUAUGCCGAGUUUUCCCAUUGUCCCGGUAAAAAGUUUCUUGAUUUUAAUCAAGUUAGACGAGAAAUUGAAGAGGACACUGACCUAGUCACCGAUGGAAAAAAGGGCAUCUCAAAUGAUCCAAUAAAUCUUCGAAUAUAUUCUUCAAAAGUGUUAAAUUUGACUUUGGUUGAUCUACCUGGUCUUACAAAAAUUGCAAUCGGUGAUCAGCCACCUGACAUUGAAACUCAAAUUCGCAAAAUGAUACUCGAAUUUAUAUCGAAGGAAUCGUGUCUCAUUUUGGCUGUUACUCCGGCAAAUACUGAUCUGGCAAAUAGUGACGCUUUAAAACUUGCCAAGGAAGUAGACCCAAAAGGAUUAAGAACCAUUGGAGUUAUAACUAAAUUGGAUCUAAUGGAUGAUGGAACAAAUGCCCUCGACAUUUUGGAAAACCGUUUAUUACCAUUACGACGUGGCUACAUUGGUGUUGUCAAUCGUAGUCAAAAAGCUAUCGAUGAAAACAAAGAAAUAGUUGAUGCAAUUCUUGCUGAAGAAAGGUUUUUUAAAACCCAUGAAGCGUAUAAACAUAUGGCAGACAAAUUAGGAACUCCAUAUCUUCAAAAAGUGUUGAACCAACAACUCACAACUCAUAUUCGAGAAAGUUUGCCGGCUUUACGAAAAAAAUUGCUAGAUCAAAAGCAAUUGUAUGAAAAAGACUUGAACAUGGACGACAUGAAUCUUGACGAUUCAGCCUCAAAAACUAAAUCAAUGAUACAGAUGGUCAAUGAACUUCGUUCGAAAUUUGUAAACACAAUUGGUUGUUACGAAUCAGAUGAAAUUGGAGAGUUCUUAAAUGGAGGCUCGAAAAUAUGCUACUUGAUGCAUGAAAAAUUGCCAAGAGAAAUUACAGCAAUUACACUUUCCGGUAAUGAUACUGUCCGUCGAGAAAUCAAACUUGCUAUAUUAAAUAUCCGUGGUGUACGACUUGGCAUGUUCACUCCGGACAUGGCCUUUGAAGCUGUUGCUAAAAAACAAAUCAGUCAUUUGAAAAAACCAGCAGUUGAUUGUGUCAGUGAGGUGAUUGAAGAGCUGAAUCAACUCUUGUAUGACUGCACAAAAGUGAUGGCUCGUUAUCCGAGAUUGCAAGAACUCACUGAAGAAAAAUUAAUGACAUAUUUAAAAACAUGUGAAAAACAGUGUCAAAAACAGUUGUGUGAUCUUUUGGAAUUUGAACUAUCAUACAUCAAUACGAAACAUGUUGACUUUGUUGGACUUGAGAAAGCAGAUGAAAAGUCUUUGCAAAAUGCUCAGUCUAUGACAAAAAAAAUUAUUAUGGAUGAAGAUGAUGAUUUGCACGAAAAAUUUCAAACAAAUCCUAAAAUAACUCAAGAAGUGGAUAAAUUUAAAAUUUUAGUUGAUUCAUACAUGAGUAUUGUUACAAAAACAGUCCAGGACCUUGUACCAAAAACAAUCAUGUGCAUGAUUAUAAAAAAAGUGAAGAAUUUCAUUAAUGUCGAGCUUCUGUCUCAACUAUUAAACAGUGAAAAUAUUCUUUCAUUUGUGGAACUUGGCGAAGCCGAAAAAAGCAAGCAAGACGAUCUAAAACGAGUGUAUAAAGCAUCAGAGGAUGCAUUAAAAAUUUUGACCAAAGUUUCCGCAUACCUCGUUCCAAAUAAUUAACUUGAAUUAAUUUUAGUUUUGUUUAUUUUUUUUUUUUCAACUUUUAUAACAAAGCAAUCAACAAAAAAUGUUCGUUAAUCAAUCUUUUUCAUUGUGAAACAUUAUCAAAAUAGUAUGACAAUGAAAUAUUGAUUUUCUUUAAGUACUUUAUAAUUAUUUUUUUAUCCAUUCAAUAGUUUUAAGCAUUAUAUAAAAUUACACAGUUUGUAUUCAUGUAAACACUUGGACUGAUUAUUUGUGUGAUAACUUCGAUACAUAUAAUCAUUUGAAAUUAAUUCCAAAUAGACUGAUCAAGUAGUUACAAAACUUGACAAAAAAUAUGUAUUAUUCGUUCAAAAGUACUUACUUGUUUUUUUUUUUUCAAAUAUGCCUAUUUUAUUGACAACAUGUUGUUAAAAUAGAUAAAAUGUAUUUUGUUAAAAAAAUUCACCAACUUAAUUUAUAAUUAAAAAGUUAAUAAAAAUCCAA